CUCCGCCGCUUCUAGCUGGGAAGGUCCCGACUUGACAGCUCUGGACGACCCGGCACAGCACCCCGAGGCUGCCCGGCAGAACCGAGCUGGUGCGCCCGGGACAGGGAGCCUGCGCUCACUUGGGCACCCACUCCCCGGGCAGCCACGCGGGGCGCGCACUCCCACGCCCUCUGCGCGCGCGGUUGCUGGACGCGAUGGACGCGGCGCUGCUCCACAGCUUGCUGGAGGCCAACUGCAGCCUAGCGCUGGCCGAGGAGCUGCUGUUGGACGGCUGGAGGCUGCAGCCCCUGGACCCUGAGGCUCCCUUUUACUGCAACACGACCUUGGACCAGAUCGGGACGUGCUGGCCCCGGAGCGCGGCCGGAGCUCUGGUGGAGAGACCCUGCCCAGAGUACUUCAAUGGCAUCAAGUAUAACACCACCCGGAACGCCUACCGGGAAUGCCUGGAGAAUGGGACAUGGGCUUCAAGGAUCAACUACUCGCAGUGUGAGCCCAUUUUGGAUGACAAGCAGAGAAAGUACGACCUGCACUAUCGCAUUGCCCUGGUUGUGAACUACUUGGGACACUGCAUUUCCAUGGCGGCCCUGGUGGCAGCUUUCCUGCUGUUCCUGGCCCUGAGGAGCAUCCGCUGUCUGAGGAAUGUGAUCCACUGGAACCUCAUCGCCACCUUCAUCCUGCGAAAUGUCACGUGGUUCCUGCUGCAGCUCAUUGAUCAUGAAGUUCACGAGACCAACGAGGUGUGGUGCCGCUGCAUCACCACCAUCUUCAACUACUUCGUGGUCACCAACUUCUUCUGGAUGUUCGCAGAGGGCUGCUACCUGCAUACGGCUAUUGUCAUGACCUACUCUACCGAGCGCCUGCGCAAGUGGCUCUUCCUCUUCAUCGGAUGGUGUGUUCCCUGUCCCAUCAUCAUAGCCUGGGCCAUUGGCAAACUCUACUACGAGAAUGAGCAGUGCUGGUUUGGCAAGGAACCUGGUGAUCUAGUGGACUACAUCUACCAGGGCCCUAUCAUCCUUGUGCUCCUGAUAAACUUUGUGUUUCUGUUCAACAUCGUCAGGAUCCUCAUGACAAAGCUGCGGGCGUCCACUACCUCUGAGACAAUCCAGUACAGGAAGGCGGUGAAGGCCACCCUGGUCCUGCUGCCCCUGCUGGGCAUCACCUACAUGCUCUUCUUCGUCAACCCUGGAGAGGAUGACCUGUCACAGAUUGUGUUCAUCUACUUCAACUCCUUCCUGCAGUCUUUCCAGGGUUUCUUUGUGUCCGUCUUCUACUGCUUCUUCAAUGGAGAGGUACGUUCGACCCUGAGGAAGAGGUGGCAUCGCUGGCAAGACCACCACACCCUACGUGUGCCCGUGGCCCGAGCCAUGUCCAUCCCCACAUCUCCCACGCGGAUUAGUUUCCACAGCAUCAAGCACACAGCGGCAGUGUGACCCCCAGGAGCCCACCUGC